GCCUAAAACCGGGCAGCAGCCGUUGAGCGGAGUCUCGAGCCAGAGACGACCAGGAGUCCGUGAACGGCUCAACUUUUAAUGUAUGCGGGCCGAGGCGAGCCGUGCAGCGCUGUUUUCCUCUUUUUAUCCCUCCUCCUGGACCACUCGGCUCCGUUGUUCUCACAGUUGUUCAGUAGCUAUUCUGCUUUUUCUAAAAUUCUUUAAAUUUUUGGUGAAACAAGCUAACAACAACAAAAAAAAGCGGUUGUCUGUUUUAUGUCUCACCGUCCUGAGAAACACACCAACCGGGGCCUUGACAGAGCGAUUGAGUGAGUGACUGCAUGGAUUAGACUGAACAUGAAGAGCCUCAAAGCCAAGUUUAGGAAAACUGAUACCAACGAAUGGAACAAAAACGACGAGCGCCUGCUUGCUGCGGUCGAGCAUGGCGAGGUGGAGAAAGUGGCGUCACUUCUGGCCAAGAAAGGUGCCAAUGCUGUGAAGCUGGACAGCGAGGGCAAAUCAGCUCUCCAUGUUGCAGCUGCUCGUGGUCAGACAGACUGCUUAUCUUUGAUCUUGUCUCAUGGAGCCGAUUUGUCAAUCAUUGAUGCUGCUGGGUUGAGUCCUUUACACCUGGCUGCCAAAAACAAUCACAUUGAAUGCUGCAGAAAACUCAUUCAGAAUAAAUGUCCCAUCGAUGUUGUAGACGGCUCAGGAAAGACGGCGCUGCAUCACGCUGCUGCCAGCGGGAACAUCCAGAUUGUCCAAGUGCUGUGUGAACUCAAAAGUCCCAUCAACCUGAAAGAUGCAGACGGUCUCACUGCUUUGCUCUUGUCAGCCAAACACAGUCAUGCUGAAGUAUGCAGCUCUUUGCUGGACUGUGGUGCUGAAAUCAACACCUCUGACAACAGUGGCAGGACGGCCUUGAUGCUUGCAUCCGAGUCCAACGCGGUGCCUGUUGUUGAAUUGUUGGUCCAGCGAGGAGCCGACCUGUCAGUUGUAGAUUCAGAAGGCCAUGAUGUUGUACAUUAUGCCAAGAUGUCAGGAAACCCAGACGGCAAAGUGGCCCUGAUGGCUGCUCUCAACAGACAUCCAGUCAUAGAUAUCAAAUCUCCUAAAAGUCCUCAGCAUGAUCAAGUAGCUAAGCUAAGUGAUGAACGGAUCACAACUCCCAAAAAACGAAAAGCACCUCCACCUCCUAUUAGCCCACAACAGAGCUCUGGACCCUCCUCUCCUUCAGUCAUUACAUCAACUGGCACUCCUGCAUCCAACAAAAGUGACACUCCCAAAACAUUCAACUACAAGGAGGAUGAGAUCAGAGGAACAGCACUAAGAGAGGAGGUUGAGAAGCUGCAUGAGGAGAGAAACAUGUUGCUGGAGACAAUCGAAGACCUGAAGCAGACGGUGGAGACGGUGACUGGGCCUGAGCUGGAUAUAAAGGUCGAGCAAAGUUUUACGGCAUCUGCAGCUCUGGUUUCUGCUCUGCAAGCCAAGAUUGCUGCUCUUACUUCGGAGAACCAGCAACUAGCAAGCAAACUAAAGAAACAUCCGUCCCUCCAAGGAAAUGAGGACCUGAAGGACGGCAGUCGUCCAAACAGCAUGGCCUCCAACUCCUCCUUCCACUCCACCCAGGAUGAGUUUGACUCGGUGCCACAUGUCACCUUCACCACCACCGAAGAUGGGGAAGGAGUUGCUUCUGUCCGGCUGGAGGAAGACGAGGGUGAAGGAGGCAGAGGAGGAGGCAAAGAGGAGAUCAGACUGUUGAGACAGGCACUAGAGAGCGUUCAGGUAAAACUUCUUGAAACCAGGAAGGAAAACCACUCGCUUCAAGCUCAGCUGAAACCUGAGCGAGGCCAAGAAAGAGAGGAUGAAGACGGCAUCAGAGAGAAAGGACGAGAGGAAGAGUUAAUGGAGAGUCUAGCAGAGCUGCAGGCGAAGCUGACGGACACUCAGGAGAGAUACCACCAAGCUAUGGAGGAAGUAGAGGAUCUGAGAGCGCAGGCGGGAAGAGAAGGUGAGCUGAUGGACAAACAGGAGGCCCAUGGACGUAUCUCAUCCGCACUUGAACAUGAAGUAAAACAGCUCAAAGCUCAGCUCGUCCAGUCGGGGUCCGAGCAAGACAAAGCAGCUCAGCAAAUCAGACAGCUGGAAGAGGUGUUGAGGAAGACGGAGGAGGACAGACGGACAGUGAAGGAGAAAGAACAGAGGACGGCACAGAUGGAGGAGCUGUACAAGGAGGCACAGGAGGAAGUCAAAAUGCUCCAGGAGGCUCUGAGGGGAACGGUGCCUGUUGAAGCAGCAGCCAAAGACUUUGAAGAGAUGAAGGCUGAGCUAAAUGAGGUAAUUGCCGGGCUGCAGCGUCGUUUGCUGGAACUUUCACACUCCUACAGCGAAACCAAGAGUCAGCUGAGUGCCGCUCAGAAAGAGCUGACGGAGACCCGAGCGGAGAGCAGCGCAGCUUCAUCUCCCUCCACAGAACAACAGGUCCAGGUGCUGAACAGUAAAGUGGAGGAGCUGCAGGCGCUGCUAGCUGAGACUGAGAAGAAGUAUUCAGCCACUCAAGAGGAGAUUUCACUACUGAGGCAGGAGGCAGAAGCUCAGGCACAGAGCUCUGUGGCCCUCGCUGACCACACACAAGUUAUGUCAUCUCUGGGAAACGCCAUCAAGGAGCUGGAAAGUGAAGCAGAAGCUCUAAGAGCAGAGCUGCACCAAAAGACAGUGCAGCUGGAGGCUGUUCAGAACAGGCUGACAGCCGAGAACGACGUCACCUCGGAUGACUCAGUCUCCCGUGUGGAGCAUGAGACGAUGAGGGAGCAGCUGGAGGCUGAAGUGAACCAUCUGACACAGCUCCUCCAGGAGGCCCUCAGGAAGCAGGACGAGAUGGCUCUGGAGGCUGCUGACGCCUGGCAGAAGGCACGGGAUAAUCGUGCUGAGCGGGAAGCCCUGCAGGAGCUGGUGAUGUCGAGGGAGAAGGAGAACCAGACGCUGACCUCCAAACUUACAGAGUCUCAGGAUGCUGUGUCUCAGCUCAAACAGCUGGUGGAGAAUCAUGUUGCUUCUGAGAGAGAAAAGAACAAAAGGAUAGAUGACCUGUCUCGAGAGGUAGGGAAGCUAAAGGAAGCCCUUAACAGCCUAUCACAGCUCUCCUACAGCUCAUGUUCCCCCUCCAAGAGACAGCAGCAGAACCAGCAGCUGGAGACCAUGCAGCAACAGAUCAAACAGCUGCAGUACCAGCUCGCUGAGUCAAAGAAGCAGCACCAUGAAAUAGUGUCUGUCUACAGAAUGCACCUCCUCUACGCUGUCCAGGGUCAGAUGGACGAGGACGUGCAGAAAGCCUUGAAGCAGAUCCUGAUGAUGUGUAAGGUGCCAAGCCAAGCCAAGGAGGCCUGCUGAGACACACAGGGAACGGUUCCCCAAAGAACGGUGUCUUUGAACCUGAAGAACACUGAAGACAGGACAAGCCGACGCGGUGCCUCUGGAUGAACCUUGAGUAUUUGUUUCUAAGGAGUUGGUUUACAGUCAAGCGUUUGUUGCCUUCGCUGGUGCCAUUUCAGUGUUUCCCCUAGAACUUCCUUCAGGCCCGAUGGUACACAAACCGCUGAACAGAUGCAAUAUUGGCACAGCUGGCGGUUCAAAAUGUAUAUUUAUGUUUACAUCAACUGUCCCACCUCAGUGACUUUCUGUUCUUCCCAACCUUUGGCUAUUAGAGAAAAAUAUUCAUAAAUCCAUCCCCCUAAUCCCACCUUCCUCUCUCUUUAAGCUCAUGGUUAAUUAACCUGCAACUAAACUUGGAUCAGGUCAAGCGUUUUGGAGGCGAUGCAAAAGUCAACUCGUAUUUUGGAACAGCACGGAUUUAAAAAAUGCAAAUAGUUUCCAAAUGACUGGAUAUCUGCUGUUAUUGUUUUUUCUGGGCCUGGGCAGUUGAAGGGGAAAUACUGCUUCUGAACUCACGCCUAUAAACCCAUUUACACCUGAUGUUAACAUGUGAUCUGUACGGUGUUAGUGAGGCGACUCCACGUUUAAUGCAGAGUUACAGAACAUAUUAUGACGGAGGUUCUGCACACUUUAGAGCAGCUUAUGUUCACAAUAGCAGGUCAAUGCGUAGAAAAACACAGUCUACUCUUAAUAAGCAGUUUUUCUAAUCCUGUCUAGAUGUUUGCAGUGAUAGUGGGAGGAUCUCUGAGGAGGACGAGAGUUUCUCAAAGCCAUGUCAUUGUUCUGUUGGCCUUUAUAUGAUGAUAUAAUCCUAAAACAGACAGAUUUAAGCCCUGAAGCCUUGGCCUGCUUCACCACUUUGAAUUAUGUCAUGAUAUUUGUUCCUUACUUGCUCCCAAAGCACCACAAGGUGGAAGAAUAAAACUCUCAGAUGCCACAAGAACACAUGUAAUCAUUUAAUAGAAUACAUAAUUGUUUUAUAGUCGGACCUACUUGUGCCUUGGAAGAGGAAGUCAUUUAAACAUUCAAUAAAUUGGAAUUCUUUUGCAGCACUUGUGUUGCUUUUAACCUGCGUUAUUAUUGCCGAUUUUUAAAUUGUAUUUGGUUUCCCAGAUUUUUUGCUACAUCGCAGGUUUUUGCUGUAUAGGUAUGUUUAUAUUGUGGCGAGCUGCAUCGAAGAAUGACGCUGGAGAAAGAAUAUCUACCUUUUAUGCAUGCUGCAAUUAGCAGAUGCUUUUAUUUUGACACAGCGAGCACGAACACAGGAAAAUGUGGCAAGAAGUCGUCAAACACAUUUCACACUCACGGUCCUGACAACAUAACACUUAACUAAAUUAACUAAACCUCAAAAACACAAUCAAACACAAACACUGUAACACUAAUAGAAACCACAAUAAUGACAUUUAAACCCCUGACCCCUGGAACUCCCAUGGUGCAUUGCAGCACAACAGUUCAGUCAUAACGUCUGGCUCGACGAUUGCUACAAUAUAUUUAGUAUUUUAAUUAUUUUUACGGUAAAAUAAGCAUGUUAUAGCCUAAAAAAAUUAAAACUAUAAAAAAUAAUAACUGAAACAUUUUAAAAGAAUAUUUAAUCGAAAUAAAAUGCAACCGUAGCAUCAGCACAAUCAUCUCUUCUUCAUCACUACUGCACAGCUAAUUCAUCAUCAUCUUCAUCAUUUAGGUUGGUGAGUACCAAUAUAGAAUUUGAUAUGCUGUUAACCCUCCUGUUGUCCUCAUUUAUGGGCAUCAAAAAAUAUUGUUUGCUUGUCCCCAAAAUCCCCAAAAAAUCAGCAAAAAAAUCCCCCAAAUUUCUGAAAAUUUGCAAAACCUUCAGAAAGAAAAUUCCAAUAAUUCCUUAAAAGUUUCUCUUAAAAGUUUUAUUUAAAAAAAAAAUCCCCCAAAUUUGGCAAGAAAAUUCUUGUAAAUAUUUUCAAAAAAUGAGUAAAAAUCUUCCAAAAAAUAUCCUAAAAAUAUCUAAAGUGAUUACAUAUAUAUCGGUAAACCUUCUAAUAUUUUCUUUAAGAACAUUCACAUAAAAAUCAACCAAAAUCCAGUGAAAUUGGCUGGGUUUUGGUUGAUUUUUUGUGAAUGUUCUUAAGAAACAUUUUUAACAUUUCUUUGUUUUCCACCAAAAAAUGUUCAAAGAUUUCCCAAAAAUGUUGAAAAUGUGGACAUCAGAAGUUUUUAAUGUGGAAAAUUUUUUUUUUUUUUUCCCCACAUUUCAAACUUUAAAACGGGUCAAUUUUGACCCGCAGGACGACAUGAGGGUUAAAAUUGCGUAGGUUUAAGAGUGCAGAAAGUGUUUCAGAGCAUAGGAGGUGUUUAUAAGAGUGUGGGGAGGGUCUAUAAAGCCUUAAAAUAUAUGUAAAUAAUAAAUAUGGUCGUCUAUCACGGGAGGUCUGCAACGUAACCCCCGUGAUAGACGAGGGUAGUUUGUAGUUAGUUUUUGUGAGAAAUAUGCAGCUCUUGACCCGUCCAUCUUUGUGAUUAGUCAUCAUAGCUCGAUUCAGAACCGUUGGAUUAAGUCAACAAGCCGAUCCAGAUGCAGAUCACACGUUGAAAUCAGGUGUAAAUGAGCUUUAAAGGUCAUAAAAGUUACGAUGGAAGAUGUUUUUGGGGGAAACCUCAGCCCAGAUUGUGAUACAGAAAUGAAUGGAGGUGGUUAUCUUGUGUGAACUCGCCAAAUUUCUGAUCUCAGUACUUCAACAGUGAAAAUGUGCAGUAAACUUAAAUCACAUGCAGUUGCACAGUUGUAAUAAUUCAAAGUGUGUGUGUACUGUGAGUUAAACAUACAACCUGUGUAUGUGUGCACUAUUCAGUCCAAUGAAAACAGUGUGUUUCUGUUACAACGUGCGCUUAGAGGAAUAACUGCCGCUGCUGUCAGUACUAUCUAUUUUAUGAUACAACAGUAUUGGUAUUAUCUGAACUCUUCUCUAAGUGUUUCAUGGUUUUCCACAUUUAUCUGAUACAAUCUAAAUUAUUUGUGCCCUUUGAAUAACGCAUGUAAACGCCCAGAAAUCCCACAAAUUUUUUUUUUUUUGGUCGCACUUGUUUGAAGAAAAAGAAGAAAACUCUUUCUAUUGAUAUUUUCCUACGAGGCAAGAAAAUGUGUACAAAUCUAUAUUUUACUGACUUGUAUUAUUACCAUGUUAUGUUUUCUGUUACUGUACUUACAUGAAGAGGUGUGAUAGCUGUGUUUUUCAUGGCCUUGUCUGUGUUUUGUGCGAAUGAGAAACUUUUUCCUCGAGUAUAACGACGCACUAUUUGUUCUAGUGACACCUGAGUUAGUUUAUUUUCCUGUUAUUCAUAUUUUACAUAUAAGGGGUUGACUUUAACUGUUUACUGUAGUAAUAACAAAGGAAAACAUUUCAAUUGUAACAAAAUCCCAAGUUAGAUUUGUACUUCUUACAUUUUGUCUCCUCUUAUUUUCUUUUAGCAAAUACUUGAAAAGCACGUACAAUGUAUCGGCUGAAAUCAAAUCAUUGAAUCAGACAGUAUUUUAUGUGGCUUCCAUGUACAAAUUAUUAAUUUAUUUACAUUUACCUCUCUUUGUAAAGCUCCCUCUUCUUUCAGUACUCCUUCAUAGGUACAGAAAUUCACUGUACGGUGUUUGAGAAUACAACUCAAAUGCAUUUCUUUUUGUCUUCUAGAGGCUUCUCAACUGUUUCCACACAGCACUCCUUUGCCUUAUCCUUGUCCUUAGAGCCGUUAGCGAUCACCUUUCUGCUCCACAGUAUUGGAGCUCGUUAUAAAUACACACAAACUAACGUUGCUGAACUGGACUCGGUUUUAAUGAACCCUCGUUUCUCUCUCAGUGGAGUGGAGCCUCUGCAUGUCUGUGAUUUAGCUUGUAGGAGGUCAUGAACUCUCUCUUUCUCUUUAGACCUUGACUGAAACGUUUUGUACCAAGAAAGGGAAAUCAAAGAAACAGUUUUUUUCUGCAAGUUGUUUCUUUACUAAUAGUUUUGUAGAGACAGAAAAGAAAUGCUUGUUUGCCAGCUGUAUUUUGCCCACAUUAAUACAUUUUCAAGAUACUGUAA